AUGUUCAGUUUUGAACCCCGACAAUUGCCAGUUCUGAAUCACCUCUCAGUUUUUCCCCUUCUUUCUCUUGUUUUCUUACUCUUUCCUUUUUGUUUCUUUUGCUCUCUUUCCUUUGUAUCUUUCCUCUGUUCCCCUUUUAAAUAUACUUUCUCUACCUUACUUCUCACAUCCGGUGGAAAUGGGUCAACCUGUUCACUCUCAUCCACCACCACAGUUUUACUUUUCACUAUUACUCCCCCUCCCUUAUAUCUCUCUAGACAGAUGUAUAAUAUCUUCUUUUCUCCACCUUUCUCUUUCUUUCUUAUUCCCUUCCUCCAUUUUGAAUCUCUGCUAAACACUUCUUUCUUUCUGUCUUUCUUUCUCACCUUUCUUUCCUUCUUUCUUUUUCUCUUUCUUUCUUUCUAUCUUUCUUUUUCUCUGUCUUUCUUUCUUUCUGUCUUUUUUCUUCCUUUUUUCUCACCUUUCUUCUUUCUUUUUUUCUUUCUUUCUUUCUUUUUUCUUCUUUCUUUCUGUUUUUCUUUCUGUUUUUUCUUCCUUUUUUUUCUCACCUUUCUUCUUUUUUUUUUUUUUCUUUUUCUUUCUUUUUCUUUUCUUCUUUCUUUCUGUUUUUUUUUGUCUUUUUUUCUUCCUUUUUCUCACCUUUCUUCUUUUUUUUUUUCUUUCUUUCUUUCUUUUCUUUUCUUCUUUUUCUUUCUGUUUUUCUUUCUGUCUUUUUUCUUCCUUUUUUCUCACCUUUCUUCUUUCUUUUUUUCUUUCUUUCUUUCUUUUCUUUUCUUCUUUCUUUCUGUUUUUCUUUCUGUCUUUUUUCUUCCUUUUUUCUCACCUUUCUUCUUUCUUCUUUUCUUUCUUUCUUUCUUUUCUUUUCUUCUUUCUUUCUGUUUUUCUUUCUGUCUUUUUUCUUCCUUUUUUCUCACCUUUCUUCUUUCUUUUUUUUUCUUUUUUUUCUUUUCUUUUCUUCUUUCUUUUUUUUUUUUUUUUUCUGUCUUUUUUUCUUCCUUUUUUUCUCACCUUUUCUUCUUUCUUUUUUUCUUUCUUUUUUUUUUUUCUUUUCUUCUUUCUUUCUGUUUUUUUUUUCUGUCUUUUUUCUUCUUUUUUUUUCUCACCUUUCUUCUUUCUUCUUUCUUUCUUUCUUUCUUUUCUUUUCUUCUUUCUUUCUGUUUUUCUUUCUGUCUUUUUUCUUCCUUUUUUCUCACCUUUCUUCUUUCUUCUUUCUUUCUUUCUUUCUUUUCUUUUCUUCUUUCUUUCUGUUUUUCUUUCUGUCUUUCUUUCUUGUUGUCUUUCCUUCUUUCUCUCUCUCUCCUUCUUUCUCUAUUUCCUUCUUUCUUAUCAGUCAGUCCUUCUCAAUCUGUUUAUCUAAUAUUAGGAGUUCAUUGA